AUUCCAAAGCGAGAUCCAUUUCUUGAGUGAAUACGUGAAUUUUCAUUAAUGCAAGUAAAGUUUCAUAGUAUGAAUCAGCUGAUGAGGAAUUGAAGUGGAUGAACAUUCUCAGGUCAUGAAACACCUAUCUGUCAAGCUAUCUCCCCAUUUCACAAACCGACUCUUCUCCUCUUUCUUUAACAAUCAAUAGAAAGGGUUUGCAAAUGCAAUGCUGCAGACUAGUGCUAAUCUCAUCCGCACCCCCUCAAAACGGCUUCUCCUGCACCUCUAUUCAACUCCCAAAACCCUAACGAGCGUCGCCACCGCCAGAGAUGACUACUUCGCGGCCAUCCACCACGUGUCGAACAUCGUGCGGCGCGACUUCUACAUGGAACGCACCCUCAACAAGCUCCGCAUCACGGUGACGCCGGAGCUAGUCUUCCGCGUCCUCCGCGCCUGCUCAAACUCCCCCACUGAGUCCCUUCGCUUCUUCAACUGGGCCCGCACCCACCCUCCCUACGUCCCCACCUCCCUCGAGUUCGAAGAAAUCGUUAAGAUCCUCGCCCGCGCCAACAACUACCAAACCAUGUGGUCCCUCAUCCGCCACAUGACCGUCCACCACCGCCUCUCCCUCUCUCCCUCCGCCGUCUCCUCCGUCAUCGACGCCUACGGCCUCCACCGCCACGUUGACCAAGCCGUUCAGGUCUUUAACAAGGCUUCCCUCUUCAACUGCCCCCAGAACCUCCAGCUCUACAACGCCCUCCUCUCUGCCCUCUGCCACUCCAAACUCUUCCACGGCGCGUACGCCCUCAUUCGAAGAAUGGUUCGCAAGGGCGUAACCCCCGACAAGACCACCUACGCUGUCCUCGUCAAUGCGUGGUGCUCCACCGGAAAAAUGCGAGAAGCCAAAUUGUUCUUGAAGGAGAUGAGUGACAAAGGGUUUAACCCUCCCGUUCGAGGUCGCGAUCUUCUCGUUGAAGGUUUGCUGAAUGCUGGCUAUGUUGAAUCGGCCAAAGGAAUGGUGAGGAAGAUGAUCAAGGAAGGAUUCGUGCCGGACGUCGGAACAUUCAAUGCAUUGGUGGAAACGGUUUGCAAGUCUGGGGAGGAGGUUCAGUUUUGUGUUGAUCUUUAUCAUGAGGUUUGUGCAUUGGGAAUGGUUCCUGAUGUUAACACUUACAAGAUCCUCAUACCCACAGUUUCCAAGGGUGGGUUGAUGGAUGAAGCGUUUAGGUUGUUGAAUAAUUUCGUUGAGGAUGGUCAUCGUCCUUUCCCCAGCUUGUAUGCUCCUGUUAUUAAGGCUCUGUGUAGGAGGGGCCAAUUUGAUGAUGCUUUUUGCUUCUUUGGUGAUAUGAAAGCCAAGGGUCACCCCCCUAACCGUCCUCUCUAUACCAUGUUGAUUACCAUGUGUGGCCGCGCCGGCAAGUUUGUUGAGGCUGCUAACUACCUUUUUGAAAUGACUGAAACGGGGUUGGUUCCCAUAACUAGAUGCUUUGACAUGGUUACUGAUGGAUUGAAGAAUUGUGGCAAACAUGAUUUGGCUAAGAGAGUACAACAACUGGAAGUUAAUAUCCGUGGUGUUUGAUGCCUUAUAUCUCUGUCUCUCUUCCAUUGCCCGUAGCCUGCGAGCCACAUGCUCCAAAGUUCUUGACAGGAGUCUGAGAAUGGAAUAUAGGUCUUCAGUCCUUCUUUAGCUGGGAGCAUUGAUCUCGGCGUUUGGUCAUCGCAAUUCGUUUUGCCUGAGUUUAAUUCCUCAAGUUUCUCUUUGGGUGGCUCUAUGGAGCUCAUGGCUGUUCCGGAAAGAAAGGUUUCUCCCCAAAAAAGAGGAAUAAGGAAUGGACCAAAAGCUUUGAAACCUGUUCCUGUGAUUGUUCUAUGCAAGAGCUGUGGUCGUGUCAGGCUUCCACACUUCUUCUGUUGCGGUGGGAAACCUGAUAAGGGUAAUACUGGUGAACAGAAUGGUAGUACAAGCUAAGCAAGCUGUUUGGGAUGAGGCACCGGACGUUGUUUCAUGGGAAUAGCUACCCAUGUGUCUUUCCGUUUGGUAGUAAUCCUUUAUUUCCUUGUUUCUUAAGCAAUGCCAUUGUUGGAUCCGAAGUGGAAAAUUUACGAAUUUUGGUGGUAUUUUAAUUUCAUUUAAGAGUAACAGUUUUAGGGCUUCACUAUUGAUCUAAAUGCUAAUUUGUUUUUCAUGUAUAAAACCAUUGUUCUCUAGAAGCUAAAUAGAGGUUACGCGUAUCUAAACUAGCUAAAUAGCGGUGUAACUCAGAUUUACAGUACCAUAUCAUACUCAAUAAUGGUAAAGGUAAAAGGGAGUAAAUGUAAAUUCACUGGACCGGCGGGCAAGCUUGCAAAUUUUAGGCCGAAGGGCCUG